UGUAAAAUAAAAUUUUCAAAAUUUAUUUGUCAAUCGGAUAUUUUCCAGUUAAAAAUAAUGCAUUUCCUUUUCAUGUGCUUAUGCCUUAUUUAUUGCAUAGGAAAGCCAGUAUUAUGUUCAACUCUGUCCACAAUAUAUGAAGACGAUUUUAUGCCAGUCAAAUUACAAAUGUUCAAUUGUUUACUUGUAGCUUAUAAAAUGGGUCAAGAAGACUAUAAUAAAAUUCCUGAAGAUAUACAUAAUAUAUUAGAUAGUUUUAAAGAUAUUAUUGAUAAUAAUGAAUGGAAUUUUGAUGGAUGCUCUGAAGAGUAUUUUAACCUCAUUAAAACAUUAGAUAUAUUCAAGAAAAAAAAAGAAAAAAAAUUAAAAAUAGUUAUUAAUAAAUGUCUUCGGCAAUUUUACAAAGAUCUACGUCCUCUUGAGGAUGUUCAGUCGACAAAUUGUUGCAAAAAUUGUUGCUAAAAUUUAUAAAAAUUCAAAUAAAUCACUUUAUUAAUUUGAAAAUAUAUUAAUAAUGUUAAUAUAAAACAUAUAGUUUGUUAUUACACAAAUACUGUUACAAUAAAAAUUUCUAUAUGAGCAAAAUUUUUCAUAAUAAAAAUAAAU